AGACUGUACCCCACUCACUCAGUGUUCAUACUCUCUUCUUGUGGAUGCAAAACAACACAACUGCAAACGAAGUUGCUUCCAAUGGAUCACUCACAGAGCUCUGGGAACGAUUUGGAUGGCGUAAACCAAGUUCACAACCAAAGAAUAGUUGUUCCUGCCAGCCUCAUUUCACCAGCGGACGACUAUGGAAAGAAAGAGAAUUAUUCAUGGUUUGCCACUUCUCAGAUCCCAACAGAUCUAUCCAUUCAACUUCAAGAUGUCACCUUCCAAGUUCACAAGUUCCCGUUGGUUUCACGAUGUGGCUACAUAGCACAAGUUGAAAUGCAGAAUUCAAAUUCAAAUUUAGAAAAAUGCCUGAAGCUCGACAAUUUCCCAGGUGGAUCAGAAACAUUUGAAAUCAUUCUAAAAUUCUGUUACGGUCUCCCGUUAGUGCUAAAUCCUAUCAAUGUCGCAGCACUGAGGUGCGCAUCAGAAUUUCUCCAGAUGACAGAAGAAUUUGAAGAUGGAAACCUCAUCUCUAAGACAGAAGCAUUCCUCACGUUUGUAGUUCUUUCUUCAUGGAAAGACUCCGUCACAGUUCUCAAAUCUUGUGAAACUCUCUCUCCAUGGGCUGAAAACGUACAAAUUGUCCGAAGAUGUUGCGACUCAAUUGCUUGGAAGGUUUACAAAGAAAGUUCAAAACCUGGAGAAAUAAUUGAUGAAGAGAGCUGGUGGUUUGAUGAUGUGACAACACUUCGCAUUGAUCAUUUCAUGAGGAUCAUGACGGCAAUAAAGGCCAAGUUGUUGAAACCAGAAAUUAUUGGCUCCUGCAUCAUGCAGUAUGCAGGAAAGUGGUUGUCAGAUACGGAUACAGAGGCAGAAGGAUGUAGGAGAUAUAGUUAUAGCAAAAACGAGGUGCAGAUAAAUAUUUUGAGCAGCAAGAGACAGGAAGUCAGUCUUGGACAUAGUAAAGAGCAAAGAAUGAUUGUAGAGAGUCUCAUCACCAUACUGCCUGCUCAGGAAGAGGUUGUUCCCUGCAAGUUCUUGCUCUGGAUGCUGAAAGUGGCCUUGGCACAUUCAGCAUCACCAGCCUUAAUUUCAGAUCUUGAAAAAAGGGUUGGGAUGGUAUUGGAAAAUGCUGAUGUGAACGACCUUUUACUUCCUAGUUAUACAAUUGGAGACCAGGGGAAGACAUUGAACACCCCAGAUGAAUGCACAAUGCACAACAUAGAUGUCGUUCAAAGAAUAAUGCAAUAUUCUUUGAUGCAUGAACAACAGCAGCAUCAUCCACUUGCUGGAAAAUUUAACCUUGGGAAACUCUUGGAUGGUUAUCUGGCUGAGAUAGCUAGAGACCCCAAUCUUUCCAUCACCAAGUUUCAAGUCCUAGCUGAAGCCUUGCCAGAAACUACUCGGACAUGUGAUGAUGGACUCUAUAGAGCCAUUGAUUUGUACCUCAAGACCCAUCCUUCAUUGUCAGAACAUGACCGCCAAAGAUUAUGCGAAGUAAUGGACUGUGAGAAACUAUCACUUGAUGCAUGCAUGCAUGCUGCCCGAAAUGAUCGAUUGCCUCUGAGAACCAUUGUCCAGGGAAGGGUGCAAGCAUCAUAGUGCCACAUAACUUUUUCCAACUCUACUAUCUCAAUAGAACUAAUGCAUUCUUCCUUUAGAUGCCAACAUUAGAUCAAGAACUUCUACUUAGAAUCCAAAGAAAGCAAGAGCAAGACAAUAAGUCUUUCUUUUCAUGCUUGUACUUAUAAUUCUACCUUAAAAGGACAUCAAUAAUAGAAGGAUUGAUGGGAACAUUCUAUGCGUAGGGUAAUGGGUCAAGGGAUACUCCUCGCCAUACAUGAUACAUGUCAAAUUGUCAUUCUUAAACAACCAAUUAAAUAUUCCUAUUAAAUAAAAAUAUGUUUUUUUCUACAGACAAUGGGGGUAAAAAAUUGUAGCAAAGAUAUAUAAAAAUGAAUCCUAUUAUAUGUUAUUGAUGUUGGCAUCAUAAUGAAACAUACAGCCUUGCUUGGUCAGAUUUCUAAUGGAUCACACCUCCUGUGAAGUACAGAAAUUCAGAAAAAUUGUUGCCAAAUCCUUAUUCACCUCGUGUUCAACUUAUACAGAUAGGACACCUCAAAUUAUGUGUCAAACAAGUCACCUAAUUUGUACAUUGACGCUUAUGCACAUGAGAAAGUACACACAUCAAGAAUGCCAUGUUGCAUUUCCAAUAACAAUAACUUGUUUGAGGUUAGAUUUUACUUGAAAGUUAGAAGUCAAGAACACUUCUUUUUGGGCUUUUUUAACAUAAAUGUUGGAUACUGAUUGGCGUUUAUAAAUUGUAAUAUAUAUAAUCAUUCUGAUCUUUUUUAGCAUAUAAAUUUAUCUAGUUUUAUGAUGACUUUAGAUAUUUAUGAUCUUAUUUUUUUAUUUGUGGAUAUUAUUUUUCCAGGGUAACACCCCUUAAACUUUGGUCAUUUGGCCCAGACACCCCCUAACCUCUGAAAUUUGCCCAAUCAGUCCCUAAACUUUUCAAAAUUAGCCAUGACACUCCCUCAAAAGGCCAAAGUUCAGGGGUGGUGUUGUGGCUAAUACAAGGGGUGUCCUAGCUAAUUUUGAAAAGUUCAGAGAUUGAUUGGCCAAAUUUUAAAAUUCAAGGGGCAUCCAGGCCAAAUACCCAAAGUUCAGGGGUGACUGGUCAUUUAUCCUUACUCUUAUAAACUAGCUAAUAAAAAUAUAUAAAAACAUAUAUAUACUUUGGCAUGUUUCUACCUUAUCAGCAUGCUCAUUCUUUUCCAGAGCCUUGAUAUCCUUACCAGCAUGCAUACCUGGGCUUCAUAGCAACAUGUUAAGAAGCACAACUCUGUUGAAUAUGGGUUGUACUAUCAAAUCUAUAUAAACCCGUUACUAAUCUCUCUUUGCCUGCCUUGUACAAAAGUGAUAAUAAAAAGAUGUCAUGCAUCUGGCAGUCCAAUGCUAUUAAUCCUAGCAAUUUGACAAAGGAAACUAUAAUGCUUGGAAGCAUGACAAAUAUCAGCAGUGCAAUAAAAACCUUUUAUCUUUUGCAUGCAACAAAUGGCACUAAGAAAGUUGCCACUAUAUUACAAAGAAAGAAACACUGAAGAAACCUUAAGUCCAUUUCUGAUGUAUCAGCACAUCUCUUGUUUCUUCUUACUUCAUCUGAGGAAAACGUCCAGUUACAAUAUAAGGCUACAAGUAUGGAUACUUGUAUCGAUUGAAGCCACGCAGUAUCCACAAAUUCUCCAAUCACCAGAAAUCAGUGCUCAUCAACCCAUAUCCCUCAAAUAAAACAAUUCUUACAUUAAAAAGCUACAGGUUUUGUUCUCGGAGCAAGUGAAGAUGAGGAAAGCUAUGGGGAAGGAGCAAACAGCAAGCAGCGAUAACUCUGAUCAGCAUGAUACUUGGACUUCUACAAAGGAGAUAACUACUCUCAAAGCAGAACUUGAGAA